AUGGCACGAAUGAAUGAAGCCACAGUCGUUCUCGGUUACAGAAGUACUGGUGGUGAUAGUGGAAAUAAGGAUGAUGUUCUCUAUGGUGAAAUUGGAUGGCAUUAUGUAAUCAAAGUUAUUUUAUCUGUAACUAUUAUAAUCAGUGUCGUCAAACAACUAUCACGAAUAGAUUUUUGGCUUUUACUUGUUUGCGUAGCUACUACAACCAUUUUUACACUGAUACAAAUCGGACGUCAUACAUAUUUAACGGUAAUGAGGGGUACGGAAUAUAAAACAGAAUUGAUUAUUGUCGCUGUUAUUGAUUCGAUUAUUUUAAUUGUCUUAUGGUCUUAUUUAUGGCUAAGAUUUAAGCAAUUAAAGCGACAACACCAACAACACAAUGACGCUAUCGUUAGCGACGUUUCCUUACGAGUAAUCGAUGGUCCUGAAUCCGAAUCUCACCUUGGUUUGUGCCGCUAGGCCUUGCAAGUAUUGGUU